AUGACAUCGGGUGGUGGGGAGUCGACCUCCCCGCGUAUAUUUGCUCCAAGUCCAUUUGCUUUUGAUGACUCGCAAUUAUGCUUCAACAAAAAUCACUUUGGUCGGCCAGACUUCAAUGUUCAACGUUUUAUGAACCUAGCCAGACGCCGAGCUGGUCUCAAGCAAAUACAGCAAGAUCUUCGGGUGUAUUUGAAGAGUGUUCAACAUUCGAUGAUCGAGUUGAUCAAUGAUGACUAUGCCGAUUUCGUUCACUUAUCUUCUAAUCUUGUUAGCUUGCAGAGCACAAUUGACAAAAUUGAAAGCGAUAUGAACACUAUAUGGUCAGAUUUCGAAAGCAGCACCAGUGAUUCCGUUCGCACGGCUGAACGUGUCGAAUCAUUUUGCGUGGAACUCUCACAGAAUCGAGCAUCGCAGGUUGGUUUUCGCAGGUCUCUAACUCAAUCUUCUCUACUUCUUAUUACUCAUUUCGCAACAACGUUUUGCUCUGUUCAGCUGCUUACACGACUGGAAACAAUUUUGUGUGACGAAGGCGUACGAAGCGCCAGUGGAGAUUGUGCCUCAUUACCACACGUUCUGUCGUUGUUAUCAUUAGCGGAUUGCUCUCACUCCCUUACUGCCCGACUCGUGUCAGACUCGAUUUACCCGAAGCUGGUUCAGCCUGCUAAAGAUCAUUAUGAAAUGCUGAAGGAUGUUCUCAAAGGCGUCAAUAAGAUGCGUACAAAUUGGAACGAAAUCCUUGGUCCGAAAUAUACCGGGCAAGUACAGGCUUUCCUUGAGCAGACUCUUCUCACAUUUCUGCUUACCUUCAUCGACAAGUGCAUGGGUACGGUAGCGGUUCCUACGAACACGUCGAUGUUCCAUCGUUGCUUCACGGCAACACAAGAGUUUGUCGAAAACUGGCCACAUCAUCCACACUCGAGGACAUUGUUGAAGUCGAUCCGAGACAAGUUCAAUUUGAUCGUGUACUUCAAAUUGGUCACUCACAAAGCCGUUCGUCAAAUAGAGAAUGAGAUGGCUCCAGAAGCCACAUCUUUACAUUUAAUGCGAUUUGAAGUACUAUGUGAUGUCUCUUCAACGAUUCUACGAACUGUCGAUACGGUCUGGGGAGACGACGUGUUCCUUUAUCCUAUCGCUGAUAAGUUAUGGGAUUUUACGCUGAGACUGCUCGGAAAACAUCUAGCCUGGGCAAGAACUAGGGAUAGAAAUGCGACUGAAUCCAAUUGGAAAUUAUCUGAAUUAGUCUUCGACUUGUCACUAGAGACUUUAUGGCCGAAACUCAGGGACUUAGAUGUUGAUACAACGCUUUUCGGUCAGUGUUUAACUCGAUUUAAUCUUCUCGUCGAUGCAGAAUGUGCUAAGAUAGAUGAUCAUGUGGUCAAACUGGUCUCCUCUUCAUUGUCCAAGGAGUUUGACAGUGUAUCCGAUGUCCCGAAGCAGUACAGAUGGACUAAGAAGCCAUCACCUUCCACUCAUUCGUCGUACAUAACUGCUGCCCACUCGAAGUUCGAUGACUUUGUGGGUGAAUUGUCCAAAAGAAAUCAUCCCAAGGCUGAACAAUUGGGUCGUUCUGCUUUGAUGGCGGCCUAUAUCCGGCUCGUCUCUAAAGCGGGAGAGGUACUUGAUAGCGUUGAUGCCACCGGUUCAAGCUUGUCGCGGUUUAAGCGUAAAGCAGGGACCCUCGAUGGGACGUCAGAUGAUGAUAAAAUCCGAACCCAGGUUAGUAGUAGUGGUAUUGAGCGAGAUAGUGCGCUAUAA